UUUUUAGUUUCAAGUUAGUAUCAAAAGAAUGUUAAAUAAUAAAUACUUAAAUGUUCAGUUAAACUUUGGAGUUCAGUUUUCAUUGAGCAUUUUGAAUUUUAUAGAAAUCUUUUGCUUUGAAGCCAAUUAUUUAUAUUUCAAUUUAAUGAAAGAUUUUAAAAACCUUGAAAAAUACUUUAUUAAAUAAUUUUACCUACGUAUUGUUCCUUCUUUAAAUCUCAACCUGGCUGCAGAAAUCUUACAAAGUACGGAUGGAAUUUUGCAAGAAGAGAACGUUUCAGAAGAAUAUGUUGUAAAUAUAUUGGAAGUGAGGAUUAACCCAAAUACUAAUGAUGAUUCGAUUGAAAAUUUGUCAACAUCCAUUAACAAUAGUAUCCCCAAAAAUAACGAAAACGAACCAGUCUAUGUUAAUUCAGAUGUGGACAACUCAUAUCUAAAAGUAUCUAUUAAUAAAGUUCAUCUAUCUGAAGAUGGUAUACGAUUAUCUAUAAAGGUAUUAUGGAACAUUGUAAAAGAUGAUCGACAAACUAAAGACUGGAUUGGAUGUUACAAAUUAGAUGAGAAGAAUGUUAUGACCUGUAUAGCUCGAUAUACACAACCUGUCAAUGGCACGUCAAAAAGAAGUGCAAUGUGGUUAGUUGAUUUUCCACACUGCUCAUCCAUGAAUGAAGGAUAUGGGAAAUUCUUUUGCUUCCGUUACUGCAGCGGCUUGUCUUGUCUGGCUGAAUCACAGCCGGUUGACCUUGACUCUGUGUAUAAGUUAGCAGCAGACAGUAACGAGAAUGCUAAACAGUCUAAAGUGUGUGAAAACUGUACAGAAACAUGUGAAAAUUCAGAAAAAUUAACACAAUCUGGAACUAAAAUUAUUGAAACUAAAGUUGAUGUUCAUGUUCAACAUGUUGAUAAAAAACUCCCAGUUGCUGAAAACAAUGAUUACCUUAAAAUCUGGUCGGAUACUCCUGUUCCAGAUUCCCCUCCUCCACCUCUGCCACCGCGAACCUACAAACAUAAACCAUUAGAAAGAACUUGGGCGAUGCCACCAACUACUAAUAUCCCAUUAGAAGCCUUACGCCAGUUAAAACCAAAAGGUCUAAUGGAUAGUUCUGAUUUUACCAAUGUUUCUCCUAUUGUUGAGUCUAAGGCACAUAGGCCUUUAACUAGAGCUUCUAGUCGAGCUGGAGAUCAUGUUAACAUGAAGUGUUCUGUUCAAAAAACAUUAUCAAAUGAUAAUAGAGAACAUUCAAGAUUUAUGAUGUUAACCGAUGAAAAUAGAAAGCCAAGAAGAUCAGAAAGUAGAAGAGACACUACACUUCCACCAGAUUGGGAAGCUCGAAUGGAUAGUCAUGGUAGAAUAUUUUACAUUGACCAUCUUAAUCGAACUACUACUUGGCAUCGUCCUUCUCGGCAAAAUUGUGAUAUGCAUUAUUAUCAACAAAGACAACAAUUAGACAGAAGGUACCAAAGUAUACGUAGAACUAUUUCACAAGAACCAGAAUGUAAUACAUUAUCUAGAACCGAUUCAUUAAGAUUAGAUUCAUCUAAAACUAAAUUUAGAGAUAAUGCAAGUAUAGCAUUACAGUUUAUUAGUAAAAAAGAAUUUCCAACUUUAUUGCAGCAAAAUCAAAGAGCUUUAGCACUUUAUAAUAGUUCAUCAUCGCUUAAAUAUAUUGUGCCUAAAAUUCGAAAUCAUCCAUCAUUAUUUCAACGGUAUCAAAGUCAUAGUGAUUUGGUUGGCCUUUUAAAUUUGUUUGCCAAUACAAGAAUUACCCUUCCUAGAGGAUGGACAUCAAAAACUGAUGCUGCUGGAAAGGUAUUUUUCAUGGACCAUACCACAAAAAUGACUACUUUUAUUGACCCGCGUUUACCAUUAAAUGAUCUUUCUGUGCCAUUGCCAUCUACAUCUCAAGAACCUCCAAUACCUCCCCCUCGCCCAACUAUUACACACAUUGAUAGCAUGCUUUGUGAUACAGUGGAUAUACCAACUGCCUACAAUGAAAAAGUGGUAGCUUUUAUACGCCAACCAAAUAUACUGGAGAUAUUAGCUGAACGGUAUCCACAAUUAUCUACUGACCAAAAUCUAAAAGAUAAAAUAAACCAAAUUAGAAUUGAUGGUAUUCCAUCUCUAGAUACAUUUGGGAAUGAACUAGAACUCAAUAUUUUGUUAAGUCUAUUUGAGAAUGAGAUAAUGAGUUACGUACCAGUAAGAGUCAGAGACUCAAGAGUAUCUCCUCAACAAUCGCCCAUAAUGAAUAGGGCAAAUAGAACAGUUCCUCCAUUCAAAAGAGAUUUUGAAGCAAAACUUAGGAACUUCUACAAAAAAUUGGAAACUAAAGGAUAUGGACAAGGACCAGGAAAACUUAAGAUUGAUGUACGGCGAGAUCAUCUACUUCAAGAUGCAUACAAUAAAAUAAUGAGCAUGCCUAAAAAAGAUUUACAAAAAUGUAAACUAUCUGCACAGUUUGAUAAUGAAGAAGGACUUGAUUAUGGUGGACCAUCUAGAGAAUUCUUCUUUUUGAUAUCCAGAGAAUUGUUCAAUCCUUAUUACGGCCUUUUUGAAUAUUCGGCUAAUGAUACUUACACUGUUCAAAUAUCGCCUAUGUCGGCGGCAUUUGUUAAUAAUAAAGAAGACUGGUUUAGAUUUAGCGGACGAGUUUUAGGUUUAGCAUUAGUCCACCAAUAUCUAUUGGAUGCAUUUUUUACUCGGCCAUUCUACAAAACUCUAUUAAAGCUACCUAUGAGUUUGAGCGACUUAGAAUCUGUUGACCGAGAAUUCCACCAAUCGUUAUGUUGGGUACAAGAAAGAGAUAUAUCAGGAGAAAUGUUGGACCUCACAUUUUCAGUUACUGAAGAAGUAUUUGGUCAAACAGUUGAAAAAGAGUUAAAACCUGGAGGCCAACGCAUUUUUGUCACAGAUAAAAAUAAAAAGGAGUACAUAGACAAAAUAGUAAAAUGGCGGUUGGAACGUGGUGUUACUGAACAGACGGGAGCUCUGGUUCAAGGAUUUUAUGAUGUAGUUGAUCCACGAUUAGUAUCAGUCUUUGAUGCUCAAGAAUUAGAACUAGUCAUUGCCGGAACUGUUGAAAUAGAUUUAUCUGACUGGAGAAAUAACACAGAAUAUAGAUCAGGUUACCACGAUGGACAUCAAGUUAUUAGAUGGUUUUGGUCUUCAAUAGAACAGUUUACUAAUGAGCAAAGGUUAAGACUACUUCAGUUUGUAACUGGUACAUCUAGUAUACCAUAUGAAGGAUUCUCUGCUCUUCGUGGAUCUAAUAGUCCUAGAAAGUUUUGUAUUGAAAAAUGGGGCAAAGCCAACAGUUUACCAAGGGCACAUACGUGUUUCAAUCGUCUUGAUUUACCACCAUACACUACUCAAAACAUACUUUGCGAAAAACUCUUGUUAGCUAUAGAUGAAAGUAAUACAUUUGGAAUGGAGUAAUAAGUCUUUUUAUAUAUUUUUUAUAGCUAAAUUCAGGCUAAAAAACGUAGAAAUUACGAUUUAUAGACCAGAAAAUAAUUAUUAUUGAACAUUUUUAAGAUUUUUUUUUUUUGUUAUUUUAUAUAUAAAAAACCUAGAGUGAAAAUAAUUAUAUUAUCAUUGUAAAUUUAA